AUGAAGACCUCCCAGAGAAUACUUCUGGGUAUCACCCUCUUUGCGGUCAUUCAAUUCACCGCCGGUAAUCAUCAUUCCAACUGCGGUCUAGGUCCCGGAGUUGACGCUUGUGGAUGCGGAUGUACCGAGACCACUAUUAAAGCUGCCAAGCUUAUUCGCCCAACAAAACUUGUGGAACCAUACGUGAUUAACGAAGCUCAUAUCAUCAAGAAAUCUCCCCCGAGGCAAGGAUGCGGAUCUUUGAACCCACCACGACCUCAUAGCGGACCUACCGUCAUUGACCUUCUGAAACCUUCAUGCGGUCCAGUUGCUCCUAAGUUCCGCCCGAUCGGUGAUCUGUGCUCAAAAUGCUCAAAGACUAUCACCGAAGUCGUUCCUGCCUACCCCGGAAAACCACCGUGCAAUGUGGAACCACCCAGGCUCUGCGAUUGCUCCAGAGACGAUUCGUACUACUCAAAACCCUGCAAGCACAUCAGCUACGCUUCUACUAACCCAGAAUUGAACGCCUUUGAAGACGAAUGUAUCUCGUUCGACGAACAGGAGAAGAUUUACAACGGUCAACCAGCGCCAACAGCUCCCGCUGAUCCUGUCUCCUUGUCCUUGGCUUACGGUUUGGCCAGACAAGCGGCUAGAAUUGUCCCAGAGUCGAGGUUGGCUUUCGGACAAAAAAGUCUCCCCAUUGACGGUCGCAUCCGCCAGACGAAAACCGAUAUUCCCGAAGAAAGGCUUCUCACCGUCGAUAGACCUAUCGUCGAGUUGAAACAGACAUUCGUUCAACCAUCCUCUAAUGAUUACGCUGAGAUAAUCGCAGAACAAGAGGCUCUCGAACAGAAGAGAAUGGAACUCGAAGCCAAAAACUCUCAUACCCAAUCAUCCUCUCUCAUCAGCUUUAGCGACAUUGGAUACGCACCGGUAUCGCCAUCCGCGCAAAACUUCGUCAGCAAGAUAGUCAGCUCCCACCCAGACAUGGGGACGAUUGACGAUUCUGCUUGCGGCCCAGUUGGACCCACCAUUCCGGGUUACCGCAGCGGAAACGUAAUCAUUCGUUCAGAGUCCUCUCGGAAUAACAAUGACGAUGAUUUGUCUGGUGAGGGUAGUUGGGAGUUUGACUUCGACGAAGUCCAGGAUGAAGGCUCGAGUUCCGAGGAAUCGGAUGGAUCCUACGACGGCAGUAGAUUUCUUGCAAGGCUGAGGGCGUCGGCACGUGCCCAGAACAAACGUAGACAUCCCAGUGGGUGCGGAUGCGGUUGCGGUCAUUAAUUGGAACCCAAUUGUUUAUUGAUCUUUCUGAAUUUUGAAAUUCUACCUCG